UUCUUAACCAAAAGAUACCACCCCUUGCAUCGUUGAUUGUUUGUCAUGAUGGCUGGGUCAACUGGGGCAACUCUAGACAUGAAGCGACACAUCAAAUACUGGACGCUAUGCGCGCGACUGCUCCCGGAACAAUAUACGUCGUCGGACGCGAAUCGAAUGUCGUUUGGCUUCUUCAUCGUGGCGGCACUUGAUCUUCUUGACGUACUCGACACGGUCGUCAGUGAGUCGGAACGUCGGUCAUGGAUUGAGUGGAUCUACGCAUGCCAGGUCCCUCAUACAGGCGGGUUUCGAGGCUUCACCGGCACAAAUCUGGGUGGAUUGCGAAGCCCCAUGAAUUGGCACUGGGACCCAGCCAGUCUACCCAACACGUACUUUGCGCUGGCUACGCUGACAAUCCUGGGUGACGAUCUGUCAAGGGUGUCGCGAAACGAGUGUCUACGUUGGAUCAGCCGUUUACAGGCACCGGAUGGCAGUUUCGGCGAGUUUCUCGGCCCAGAGGGAGAAGUGGUCGGUGGCAGCGAUCCUCGUCUUUGUCUGUGUGCAGUGGGCACGUUGAAAUUGCUGGGAGCAGAGCAAACAACAGCAAGUCGUCCUCGGAAUGUCAUCGACCAGGUUCGCUUGCGCCGAUUUAUUGCCAAUUGUCAGGGAUUGGAAGGUGGGAUUGGGGAAGCGCCACUACUUGAAGCACACUCUGGUCUCACAUACUGCGGCAUCGCAACCUUAUCAUUUCUCAGCCUCUUGAGCGAGAGAGGCUCGUCCGUUCAUGAUGUGGCCGACCAAGCAGGUGUUGAUACCGAAGACUGCGCUCGAUGGAUGUUGGACCGACAAACGACGUGGAUAGAAGAUGACGAGGAGGAAGACAGUGAUGAGGAGGAGGCAGACCAAACCCGCCAGACACCAGUCCAUGCUCCUUCUGACGCAAGCCCCAUUGGCGAUCCAGAUAUGAUCGCAGGCUUUUGUGGGAGGAGUGGCAAAAUCGCAGAUACUUGUUAUUGCUUCUGGAACGUUGGAGCAUUGACGAUCCUUAGAAAGCAAGACUUGGUCAAUGUCCCGGCGAUGAGACGAUAUCUUCUGGAAAAGGUCAACCACAUUGUGGGUGGGUUUGGGAAGGCUCCAGGGGAGCUGCCAGAUGUGCUACACUCAUACCUAGGGCUAGCUGCUCUAGCCAUCUACCAUGAACCCGGCUUGAAGGAGUUUGAUGCAACAUUCUGCUUCAGCGUGAGGGCGGUGCAGAAUCUGAAGCACACAGCUUGGAGGCCAGUGAUGGAGUGACAGCGUCGGCAGUUCUGGACUUGUCAUGUCUAUCUACUGAUUCCCUGUUAACCACAGAUACCGGUAUCAGAAGAAUGUGCGAUUUCCAACUCUGGCCAUCAUUAUUAAUCUGGUUGGAACUGAGCAUUGGGUACGGCGGAAGAAUUUACAGCCUAUAGGUUCCUGAAGCUCCCCUCGACAUUGCCCGAGCCUUGCAUCAAACCAUACGGUUAUGUAAGGAGAAGUGGUACCUGUAGGUGCUAUAGAGCCCCUUCUUAGUAGGAGGAGGAGACAGGGCCAAGUGGCUUAACACGAGUGCGCAAGAUCGGUCAGUAUACGGCCGAGGGGCGCAGUCCCCUCUCACUGUAUUGAAAUGGGCGUGGGCAACCUGCGGAUUUAUUCCCUCUC